AUGUCAAUAGACAGUGAUUAUUUAAGUUUUUAUGAUUGGAUUAAAAAGAAUGGUGGUCAAAUUCAUGAAUAUGUAAAAAUUGAUACUAAAGAAGAACGAGGUCUUUUUGCAACAGAUUCCAUUGAAUCUUAUACUGCUCUUGCUAUUAUACCUCGAUCAUUAAUAAUCAAUAAUCAACAUCCUGAUUUGUCUACUAUUAAUACUGAUACAGAACGACAAACAUUAAUUGUUUUUCUAUUACGUGAAUAUAUGAAAAAUAAUUCAUCAUUUUGGUUUCCUUGGAUAAAACUUUUAAAUAUUGAUAAAGAAGCAAAUGAAUUAUUAACAACACAAAUGCAUCUAUUCGAUUGUGUAGAACAUAGUACAUUAGGUCAAGCAUUAACAGAUCGUUAUCAACAACUUCAAACAGAAUAUGAACAAUUAACUCAAUCGAAUAUUAUUGAAACAAAUUUUGAAUUAUUUUGUGCUAUUGAUCAUCUUAUUUGGUCACGUAUACUUGAUUUACCUGAAAAUGAAUCUCUUUCAUUAGUACCAUUUAUUGAUUUUGCUAAUCAUAAUUUAAAUGCAAAUGCACGUUGGUUUAUUGAUGAUGAAACACAUAAUAUAAUUCUUCGAUCUGAACGAACAUUAAAUUCAAAUGAAGAAAUUACAAUUAAUUAUGGUUUAAAAUCAAAUGAAGAAUUAUUAUAUUUAUAUGGUUUUACAUUAUCUAAUAAUCCAAAUGAUCGUGUUACAUUACCAGUUAGUCUACUACCUAAUGAUAUAUUACUUGAAGAUAAACUUCAAUUAAUUCAAGAAUUAAAAUUACCUCCUCGAUUAACUUUAAAUAUUUAUGGUCAUCUUAAUGAUCAAUCAAAUCGUUUAGUAAAAAUUUUAAGUGCACAAACACAUGAAACAAUUGAUAAAGAAAAUGAAUAUUAUCUACCAUAUCUUUAUAACUUAUUCAAUGAAUAUCUUAAUAAAUUAAAUAUAUGUUCUGAUAAUGAGAUAUUUAUUAAAAAUUAUCUUUAUAGUCAAAAAUCAAUUGUUCAAAAAGCGAUAGAUAAUUUGAAAUAA